AUGAAGCCCCUCUCGCACCGGAGCCUGCCUGAUGGGCUUACGGAGGCACAGCCCAGCAUCUUCGACCUACAAAUUUUCAAAGACGGUGCCCGAAACAUCGAGCCAACGCAAUCCAAAGACACCUCGGAAAUGGCGAUGCCGGAAUACCAAUACACGCCACUCGGCCAUGCUCAGAUUCGGCAGAUGAUCCUUCUACCAGGGCGAUUUGACGAGCCAAUCCAAGUCCAGGUCAAGAAGAGCUACUUCGAACCACCUCUCAUUGUCCAGAAGUACGAAGCUCUAUCCUACGCAUGGGGCUCUCAAGAAGACCCAGAAACUCUGACGAUAAUCGACGCCUCUAUUCCGAGCGAGAAACGAUCGCUUUGCAUUGGGCAGAACCUCGCCUCAGCUCUACGACACCUUCGGAAUAAGACAAAACCACGAACAAUUUGGUGUGAUGCUGUCUGCAUCAACCAGAAGGAUCUGGCCGAAAGAGCGGCGCAAGUCCAACGCAUGGGAGACAUCUACCGCCAUGCGGACAGAGUCGUUGUCUGGCUUGGGCCCGGCGACGAAGACGCCUACCGCUCAAUGCAAAUCAUGAACCAAAUUAGCUCGCACAUCGACUGCCACCCGUUUACAAUCACACCUCGGGAUGAGGAGGGAAGACGCUACCUGUACGAAAGCACUGGCUUGGCUCUGAGCAGGAGCGACUGGGAGGGGCUGCAUGCCUUCCUCUCCCUUCCUUGGUUCACCAGACUCUGGGUCAGACAGGAAAUCAUACUGACCAAUGAUUCGGCGAUUGUGAUGGUCGUCGCACUUUUGAUGAUCCUCGCAUUGAGAUGCUAUGCCCAAAUGGCUGGGAGCGAGAGCAGGAUGAAUGUGGUUUAG